AUGGCGAACUUAAAAGUACCCAAUUUUUUAACUUUCAGAGGUCAAUUCCAAAAUGAAAUAAAAUGUACUGCUCCAAAUUGUGGUUUUGUUGAUAUUUCAUACGAACCUUUUCUUUCUGUUUCACUCAGUGUUCCUUUACCACGUAAAUACACUGUAAAAUUCAUUACUCAACAUCCUGUGCGUAAAAUCACCCGUUUUAACUUUAACAGUUCGUAUCCAUUUUUGACCGUUAAAGAUAUAAUGGAACAAAUAGAGCAAGUUGUGAAAAUCUCCCCAGUUAAUGUUUGUUUAUAUUUAAUGUUCUAA